CUCCCCAGGUGCCAGCAGAUGAGCUGCCAGCACAAAUGUGCCAUCACCAGGAACGGCACACGGUGCUACUGCGGGGACGGCUACGAAACGAGCGGGGACGGCAGGAGCUGCACAGAUGUAAAUGAAUGUGACACAUAUGGGAGCUGCAGCCAGACGUGUGUAAAUACAGAUGGAUCCUACACUUGCAGCUGUGUGGAGGGUUAUGUGCUUCAGCCCGAUAACAAGUCCUGCAAGGCCAAAAAUAAGCCUGCUGACAGACCUCCCCUCCUCCUGACUGCCAGCUCUGAAGCGAUCGAGGUCCUGUACCUGAAUGGCAGCAGGAUGUCAGCUCACAGCCCGGGGAAGGGAUCAGCGGUGCUGAGCCUGGACUACAGCGAGGACAGCCUGUGCUGGAUUGAAUCCCGGGAGCUCUCCAGCCAGCUCAGGUGCUCCAGGAUCUCCAGAGACAGCGCCUCACCCCAGGAGUGGGCAGUAAACACAGCCCAGUCCCUUCACAAUGUGCAGCAGAUAGCGAUGGACUGGAUGACGGGGAAUUUUUACUUUGUGGAUGACGUCAGUGACAGGAUCUUUGUGUGCAGCCAGGACGGGGCCGUGUGUGUGACCCUCAUCGAGCUGGACCUGAGCAACCCCAGGGCCAUUGCCGUGGAUCCAGCAGCAGGAAAGCUUUUCUUUACAGACUACGGGAAUGCUGCCAAGGUGGAGAGAUGUGACAUGGAUGGAAUGAACAGGACGUGGAUAGUAGACUCGAAAAUUGAACAGCCAACUGCUCUGGCACUAGACCUCAUCAAUAAAUAUGUGUACUGGCUCGACAUAUAUCUGGAGAGUUUGGAAGUUGUUGACUAUCAGGGGAGAAGGAGGCAAACAAUAACUAAAGGCAGACAAAUUAGGCAUCUUUGUGGUUUGGCAGUAUUUGAAAACUAUUUAUACACCAUUAAUUCAGACAACCUCAGCAUUUUACAAAUAAACAGAUACAAUGGCACUGAUGUUCAGGCUCUAGCUAGGCUGGACAAUGCCAAAGAGAUCCGUGUGUACCAGAGAAGAACUCAAGCAGCAGUCAGGAGCCACGCGUGCGACGCGGCCCCGCACGGGACGCCGGGGGGAUGCUCCCACCUCUGCCUGCUCAGCAGCAGCUACAAGGCACGGACCUGUCGCUGCAGGACCGGCUUCAUCCUGGGCAGCGACGGCAGGUCGUGCAAAAGACCAAAGAAUGAGUUGUUUCUUUUUUAUGGGAAGGGACGGCCAGGAAUAAUCCGGGGCAUGGACCUGAAUACCAAAGUGUCUGACGAGUACAUGAUCCCCAUAGAGAACCUGGUCAAUCCCCGUGCCCUGGACUUCCACGCUGAAACCAAUUACAUUUACUUUGCUGAUACCACCAGUUUCCUAAUUGGGCGGCAGAAAAUUGAUGGCACAGAGCGAGAGACGAUCCUCAAAGACGAUCUCGAUAAUGUGGAAGGCAUAGCAGUGGACUGGAUUGGAAAUAAUCUGUACUGGACCAAUGAUGGCCACAGGAAAACAAUCGCUGUUGCCAGACUGGAAAAAGCUGCCCAGAGUAGGAAAACUUUGUUGGAGGGAGACAUGUCCCACCCCAGAGGAAUUGUUGUUGAUCCUGUCAAUGGAUGGAUGUAUUGGACAGACUGGGAGGAAGAUGAAAUAGAUGCCAGCGUGGGGAGGAUUGAGAAGGCCUGGAUGGAUGGCUACAGCCGGCAGGUUUUUGUCACUUCAAAGAUGCUGUGGCCAAACGGUUUAACUCUGGACCACCGCGCCAACGUGCUCUACUGGUGUGACGCCUAUUAUGAUCACAUUGAAAGGAUCUAUUUGAAUGGCACUGACAGAAAGGUAGUCUACAAUGGCAAAGAUUUGAAUCAUCCUUUUGGACUGUCACAUCAUGGCAAUUACAUCUACUGGACAGAUUACAUGAACGGGUCGAUUUUCCAGUUGGAUCUGGUCACAAGGAAUGUGACACUGCUGAGAAGUGAGAGGCCACCUCUGUUUGGGCUCCAGAUUUAUGAUCCACGCAAACAGCAAGGUGAUAAUGCCUGUCGUGUUAAUAAUGGAGGCUGCAGCACUCUUUGUUUGGCCAUUCCUGGAGGCAGAGUUUGUGCCUGUGCUGAUAAUCAGCUUUUGGAGGAAAACAGUACAACCUGCAUGAUUAAAGAGGGAGAAGUGCUGCCCCAGCUGUGCAAGGCGGAGCAGUUCCAGUGCAGCAACAAGCGCUGCAUCCAGGAGCGCUGGCGCUGCGACGGCGACGACGACUGCCUGGACGGCAGUGAUGAGCACGCCGAGCUCUGCUUCAAUCACAGUUGCCCUGAUGAUCAGUUUAAGUGCCAAAAUAAUCGCUGCAUUCCCAAGAGGUGGCUUUGUGAUGGAGCUAAUGAUUGUGGAAAUAACGAAGACGAAUCAAAUAAAACUUGUGCAGCAAGAACUUGUCAGGUCAAUCAGUUUUCCUGUGGGAACGGACGGUGCAUCCCGACGUCGUGGCUGUGUGACAGGGAGGAUGACUGUGGAGAUGGCACUGAUGAAAUGACAUCCUGUGAAUUCCCAACAUGUGAGCCACUAACUCAGUUUAUCUGCAGAAAUGGGAGAUGCAUUAGCAGCAAAUGGCUCUGUGAUUCAGAUGACGACUGUGGGGACGGCAGUGAUGAGCUGGGCUGUGUUCACUCGUGCUCCUCUGAGCAGUUCCGGUGUGGCAAUGGCAGAUGCAUCCCUGGUCACUGGAUGUGUGAUGGUGACAACGACUGUGGAGAUUUCAGUGAUGAAACCAGAACAAACUGCACCAGGGAAGCCGCUCCCUCUGGUGGAAGGUGCGGCGGGAGGGAGUUCCAGUGCAGCCCCGAGGGGAGCUGCGUGCCGGAGCUGUGGCGCUGUGACGGGGAGAAGGACUGCGAGGACGGCAGCGACGAGCGCGGCUGCAACGGGACCCUGCGGGGCUGCGACCGCAGCACCAAGUUCUCCUGCAGGAGCACAGGGAGAUGCAUUAGCAAGGCGUGGCUUUGUGAUGGCGAUAUUGAUUGUGAGGAUCAGUCUGAUGAGGAUAAUUGCGAGGGCUAUUUGUGUGGACCACCAAAAUACCCUUGUGCUAAUGAUACCUCCAUCUGCCUACAGCCUGAGAAGCUCUGCAAUGGGAGAAGAGAUUGUCCUGAUGGAUCUGAUGAAGGCGAUCUUUGUGACGAAUGUUCACUUAACAAUGGUGGAUGUAGCCAUCAGUGCUCUGUGGUUCCUGGAGGAAGGAUUGUGUGCUCCUGCCCUGCAGGGUUCAAUCUCACUGCAGACAACAAAACUUGUGAGAUUAUGGAUUACUGCACCAAGCACCUCAAGUGUAGCCAAGUUUGUGAGCAGCAUAAAAACACUGUCAAGUGCUCGUGUUACGAAGGCUGGAAGCUCAGCAAGGAUGGAGAGAGUUGUGUUAGUACUGAUCCAUUUGAGGCUUUCAUAAUUUUUUCUAUUCGACACGAGAUCAGAAAAAUUGAUCUUCACAAGCGUGACUACAGCCUCUUGGUUCCUGGUUUGAGAAACACAAUCGCCCUGGAUUUUCAUUUCAAUCAGAGUUUACUGUACUGGACAGACGUGGUGGAGGACAAGAUUUACAGGGGCAAGCUCUCUGACACUGGAGGUGUUAGUGCCAUUGAGGUUGUGGUGCAACAUGGCCUGGCCACUCCUGAGGGUCUGACUGUGGAUUGGAUAGCAGGGAACAUUUACUGGAUCGACAGCAACCUGGACCAAAUUGAAGUGGCAAAACUCGAUGGCACUUUGAGGACAACAUUAAUAGCUGGAGCCAUGGAGCAUCCCAGGGCCAUUGCUUUGGAUCCCAGAUAUGGAAUUCUGUUUUGGACAGACUGGGACGCGAAUUUCCCUCGCAUCGAGUCCGCCUCCAUGAGCGGGGCGGGGAGGAAGAUCAUCUACAAGGACAUGGACACGGGGGCCUGGCCCAACGGGCUCACUGUGGACCACUUUGAGAAGAGAAUCGUGUGGACAGAUGCCAGAUCGGAUGCCAUUUAUUCUGCACUGUAUGAUGGAACCAGCAUGAUAGAGAUUAUCCGAGGUCACGAGUAUCUUUCCCACCCUUUUGCUGUUUCUUUGUAUGGGAGUGAAGUUUAUUGGACAGACUGGAGGACCAACACCCUCGCCAAAGCCAACAAAUGGACUGGCCAAAAUGUCAGUGUAAUACAAAAAACAAGUGCUCAGCCUUUUGAUCUCCAGAUUUACCAUCCGAGUCGUCAGCCACAAGCUCCCAACCCGUGUGCUGCCAACGAGGGCAAGGGCCCCUGCUCUCACAUGUGUCUGAUCAAUCAUAACAGGAGUGCUGCCUGUGCCUGCCCUCACCUGAUGAAACUGUCUUCAGACAAAAAAACGUGUUAUGAAAGAAAGAAGUUUCUUCUUUAUGCAAGGCGUUCAGAAAUCAGAGGGGUGGACAUAGAGAACCCAUAUUUCAACUUCAUCACAGCCUUCACUGUCCCUGACAUCGAUGAUGUGACAGUCAUAGAUUUUGAUGCUGUUGAGGAACGUUUAUACUGGACUGAUGUGAAAACACAGACCAUCAAACGUGCCUUCAUCAACGGGACUGGCUUAGAAACCAUCAUUGCAAGAGAUAUUCAGAGUAUCAGAGGUCUUGCAGUGGAUUGGAUAUCACGUAAUUUAUAUUGGAUUAGCUCAGAAUUUGAUGAAACACAAAUUAAUGUGGCACAUUUGGAUGGUUCCUUGAAAACCUCAAUCAUCCAUGGGAUUGAUAAACCCCAGUGUCUUGCAGUUCACCCAGUAAAAGGUAAGCUGUACUGGACGGAUGGCAACACAAUCAACAUGGCAAACAUGGAUGGCAGCAACAGCAAAAUUCUCUUUCAGAAUCAAAAGGAUCCUGUUGGUUUAUCAAUAGAUUAUGGGGAGAACAAGCUUUACUGGAUCAGUUCAGGAAAUGGAACCAUAAGUAGAUGCAAUUUGGAUGGUGGUAAUCUUGAAAUAAUCGAAUCAAUGAAAGAAGACUUAACAAAAGCCACAGCUUUAACCAUUAUGGAUAAAAAGCUUUGGUGGGCAGACCAGAACUUGGCUCAGAUUGGCACCUGCAAUAAAAAAGAUGGAAGAAACCCAACUGUCCUGCGAAACAAAACUGCAGGUGUUGUUCAUAUGAAAGUGUAUGAUAAAGCAGCACAGCAAGGCAGCAAUUCCUGCCAGUUAAACAACGGGGGAUGCUCCCAGCUUUGUCUGCCAACAUCAGAAACCACCAGGACCUGUGUGUGCACAGUGGGCUACAACCUCCAGAAGAACCGCAUGGCCUGCAAAGGUAUUGAAUCAUUUCUCAUGUACUCUGUUCAUGAGGGAAUCAGAGGAAUUCCUCUUGACCCAAAUGAUAAAAUGGAUGCUUUAAUGCCAAUAUCUGGGGCUUCGUUUGCUGUGGGCAUAGACUUCCAUGCAGGAAAUGACACAAUCUAUUGGACAGACAUGGGUUUCAACAAGAUCAGCAGAGCUAAGCGAGACCAGACCUGGAAAGAAGACAUUGUCACAAACGGUUUGGGGCGAGUUGAAGGCAUUGCAGUGGACUGGAUAGCAGGUAACAUUUACUGGACCGAUCACGGCUUCAACCUGAUCGAGGUGGCGCGGCUGAACGGCUCGUUCCGCUACGUGGUGAUCUCCCAGGGGCUGGACCAGCCCCGCUCUAUCGCGGUACACCCCGAGAAAGGGUAUUUGUUUUGGACAGAGUGGGGACAGACCCCUUGCAUAGGCAGAGCACACUUGGAUGGCUCUGAGAAGGUCGUCCUUGUGAGCCUGGGGAUCGCGUGGCCUAACGGGAUUUCCAUCGAUUACGAGGAAAAUAAAUUGUACUGGUGUGAUGCUCGUACGGACAAGAUAGAAAGAAUUGACCUUGAGAGUGGAGGGAAUCGGGAGAUUGUGCUGUCAGGGAGCAAUGUGGAUAUGUUUUCAGUUGCUGUGUUCGGAGCUUACAUCUACUGGUCUGACAGAGCACAUGCAAAUGGCUCUAUUAGAAGAGGCCACAAGAAUGAGGCCACGGAUGCUGUGACCAUGAGGACUGGCCUUGGGAUAAACCUGAAGGAAGUGAAAGUCUUUAAUAGAGCACGAGAGAAAGGUACCAACGUCUGUGCCAAGAACAACGGCGGGUGCCACCAGCUGUGCCUGUACCGCGGGAGCGCGCGCAGGGCCUGUGCCUGCGCUCACGGAUACCUGGCGGAGGAUGGAGUCAGCUGCCUCAGGCACGAGGGGUACCUGCUCUACUCGGGAAGGACCAUCCUGAAAAGCAUCCACCUGUCAGAUGAGACCAACCUGAAUUCUCCAGUGAGGCCCUACGAAAACCCGGAGUUCUUCAAGAACGUGAUAGCGCUGGCCUUCGACUACGGCCUGAAGGGGCGGGGCACCAACCGCAUCUUCUUCAGUGACGCCCACUACGGCAACAUCCAAGUUAUCAAAGACAACUGGGCUGGCAGGAAAGUGUUGAUCGAAAAUGUGGGGUCAGUGGAGGGCCUGGCUUACCACAGGGCCUGGGACACUCUGUACUGGACCAGCUCCACCACGUCCUCCAUCACCAGGCACACCGUGGACCAGCGGCGCCGCGGGGCCUUCAACCGCGAGGCCGUCAUCACCAUGGCGGAGGACGACCACCCGCACGUGCUGGCCCUGGACGAAUGCCAAAACCUAAUGUUUUGGACUAACUGGAAUGAGCAGCUCCCGAGCAUCAUGAGAUCCACCCUGUCAGGCAAAAAUGCCCAGGUUAUCAUUAGCACUGAUAUUCUGACACCAAAUGGACUCACCAUUGAUCACAGGGCGGAGAAACUUUACUUUUCAGAUGGCAGCUUGGGAAAAAUUGAGAGGUGUGAAUACGAUGGAUCGCAAAGAUAUGUCAUUGUCAAGUCUGGCCCAGGCACUUUCCUCAGCCUGGCUGUGUAUGACGAGUACAUCUUCUGGUCAGACGGGGUGAGGAGAGCCAUCCUGCGUUCCAGCAAGUACACGGGAGGAGACACCAAAGUCCUGCGCUCCGACAUCCCGCACCAGCCCAUGGGCAUCAUCGCUGUCGCCAACGACACCAACAGCUGUGAGUUAUCUCCCUGUGCACAAAUGAAUGGAGGCUGCCAUGAUUUGUGCCUUCUGACGCCUGAUGGACGAGUGAACUGCUCGUGCAGAGGGGACAGAGUCCUGAUAGAUGAUAACAGAUGUGUGAGUAAGAAUUCUACUUGCAACAUCUAUUCAGAGUUUGAAUGUGGGAACGGUGAAUGCAUUGAUUAUCAGCUGACUUGCGAUGGCAUUGUGCACUGUAAGGACAAGUCUGAUGAGAAACUUUUCUACUGUGAAAACAGAGGCUGCCGGAAGGGCUUCAAGCCGUGCUCCAACCGCCGCUGCGUUCCCAGCAACAAAGUCUGCGAUGGCGCCGACGACUGUGGGGACAACUCUGAUGAAUUGGACUGCAAAGAGGCAGCGUGCGCCUCCACAGAGUUCCGCUGCGCAGACGGCGCCUGCGUCGGGAGAUCGGCGCAGUGCAACCAGAUCAUCGACUGUGCAGACGCCUCGGAUGAGAAGAGCUGCAAUAAUACAAACUGUGCUUACUUCUAUAAACUUGGGAUAAAGUCUUCAGGGUUUAUCAGCUGUAAUUCGACUUCCCUCUGUAUACUGCCAGAGUGGAUUUGUGAUGGAUCUAAUGACUGCGGAGAUUAUACAGAUGAACUGAAAUGCCCAGUUCAAAACAAACCCACAUGUGAAGAAAAUUAUUUUGGUUGUCCUAGUGGAAGAUGUAUUCUGACCACCUGGCUUUGUGAUGGGCAGAAAGACUGUGAGGACGGAGUAGAUGAAUUGCACUGUGAUUCCUCCUGCUCGUGGAAUCAGUUUGCUUGCUCUGCAAACAAGUGCAUCUCCAAGCAGUGGACCUGCGACGGGGAGGAUGACUGUGGAGACGGCUUCGAUGAGAGCGAUGCCAUCUGUGGCUCAGUGACCUGUGCUGCAGACACCUUCAGCUGCCUGGGCUCCCAUGCCUGCGUGCCCCAGCACUGGCUCUGCGACGGCGAGCGCGACUGCCCCAACGGGAGCGACGAGCUGUCCACAGCGGGCUGCGCUCCCAACAACACUUGUGAUGAGAAUGCUUUCAUGUGCCAUAACAAAGUCUGCAUUCCCAAACAGUUUGUUUGUGACCACGAUGAUGACUGUGGAGAUGGAUCAGAUGAAUCCCUGGAAUGUGGGUACCGUCGCUGCCGCCCCGGGGAGUUCACCUGCGCCGAUGGACGGUGCCUGCUGAAUUCCCAGUGGCAGUGUGAUGGGGAUUUCGACUGCCCAGACCACUCUGAUGAAGCACCCAUCAACACCAAGUGCAAAAGUUCAGAGCAGUCAUGUAACAGCUCUUUUUUUAUGUGCAAAAAUGGCAAGUGCAUUCCUCAAAGCGAGGUUUGUGAUAACAAAGAAGAUUGCAGUGAUGGAUCUGAUGAGAAAAGCUGCCACAUUAAUGAAUGCCUCAGUAAGAAAAUCAGUGGCUGUUCCCAAGAUUGUCAGGACCUUCCUGUUGGAUACAAGUGCAAAUGCUGGCCUGGAUUCCUGCUGAAGGAUGAUGGCAAAACGUGUGUAGAUAUUGAUGAAUGCUCAUCUGGAUUUCCCUGUAGCCAGCAAUGCAUCAACACCUACGGAACCUACAAAUGCCUGUGUGCAGAGGGGUACGAAACACAGCCUGACAACCCAAACGGCUGCAAAUCCCUCUCAGAUGAGGAACCUUUCUUAAUUCUGGCUGAUCAUCAUGAAAUAAGAAAAAUUAGCACUGAUGGAUCCAACUACACUUUGUUGAAACAGGGGCUGAACAAUGUGAUUGCAAUAGACUUUGACUACAGAGAGGAGUUCAUUUAUUGGAUUGAUUCCAGCAGACCAAACGGCAGUCGCAUAAACAGGAUGUCUUUAAAUGGAAGUGACAUCAAGGUAAUUCACAAUACAGCUGUUCCCAAUGCCCUGGCUGUCGACUGGAUUGGGAAGAAUCUCUAUUGGUCUGAUACUGAAAAGAGAAUUAUUGAGGUGUCUAAACUCAAUGGCUUGUACCCAACUGUCCUUGUGAGCAAGAGAGUGAAGUUCCCCAGAGAUCUGGCCUUGGAUCCUCAAGCUGGGUUCCUGUACUGGAUCGAUUGCUGCGAGUCCCCUCACAUUGGCCGUGUGGGCAUGGACGGCUCCAGGCAAUCCGUGGUGGUGGAAUCCCAGAUAUCCAGACCCAUGGCUCUCACCAUUGACUACGUCAACCACAGGCUGUACUGGGCUGAUGAGAACCACAUCGAGUUUUCUGACAUGGAUGGGUCUCACAGGCAUAAAGUCCCUAACCAAGACAUCCCGGGGGUGAUCGCACUGACCUUGUUUGAGGACUACAUCUACUGGACAGACGGGAAAACCAAAUCCCUCAGCCGUGCCCACAAAACCUCAGGCUUGGGCAGGCUGUCCCUGAUUAACUCGUGGCACACCAUCACAGACAUCCAGGUGUAUCAUUCCUACAGGCAGCCUGAUGUGUCCAGGCACGUGUGCGCGCUGAACAACGGCGGCUGCAGCCACCUGUGCCUGCUGGCGCCCGGCACGCUGCACUCGUGCGCCUGCCCCACCAACUUCUACCUGGCCGCGGACAACAGGACCUGCCUGUCCAACUGCACCGCCAGCCAGUUCCGUUGCAAAACCGACAAGUGCAUCCCGUUCUGGUGGAAGUGUGACACGGUGGACGACUGCGGGGAUGGCUCCGACGAGCCCGCCGAGUGCCCUGAAUUCAGAUGUCAGCCAGGACGUUUCCAGUGUGGCACUGGGCUUUGUGCUCUCCCAGCCUUUAUCUGUGAUGGAGAGAACGACUGUGGGGACAAUUCUGAUGAACUGAACUGUGACACACACGUGUGUCUGUCAGGGCAAUUCAAGUGCACAAAGAACCAGAAGUGUAUCCCAAUAAACCUGAGAUGCAAUGGCCAGGAUGACUGUGGUGAUGAAGAGGAUGAACGAGACUGUCCUGAAAACAGUUGUUCUCCAGACCACUUCCAGUGCAAAACAACCAAGCACUGCAUUUCCAAGCUGUGGGUGUGUGAUGAAGACCCAGAUUGUGCAGAUGGGUCAGAUGAAGCAAACUGUGAUAAAAAAACUUGCGGACCUCACGAGUUCCAGUGCAAAAACAACAACUGCAUUCCAGACCACUGGAGAUGUGACAGCCAGAAUGAUUGUGGAGAUAAUUCUGAUGAAGAAAACUGUAAGCCUCAAACGUGCACUUUGAAAGACUUUCUUUGUGCAAAUGGAGACUGUGUUUCAGCAAGAUUCUGGUGUGAUGGAGACUAUGACUGUGCAGAUGGCUCAGAUGAGAGGUAUUGUGAAACAGGCUGUUCCAGGGAUCAGUUCCAGUGCUCCAACGGCCAGUGCAUCUCAGCAAAAUGGAAAUGUGACGGUCACGAGGACUGCAAGCUUGGGGAUGAUGAGAAAAACUGUGAACCAGCCUCUCCAACCUGCUCUUCAAGCGAGUACGUGUGUGCCAGUGGAGGCUGCGUUUCGGCGUCCCUCAAGUGCAACGGGGCCUUGGACUGUGCCGACGGAUCUGACGAGAUGGAUUGUGUCACAGAAUGCAGAGAGGAUCAGUUUCGGUGCAGGAACAAGGCCUACUGUGUCCCUGUGCGGUGGCUCUGCGACGGCAUCCACGACUGUGUGGAUGGCAGCGACGAGGAGAACUGCGACCAAGGGGGAAAUAUAUGUAGAGCUGAUGAAUUUUUGUGCAACAAUUCCCUCUGCAAGCUACAUUUUUGGGUUUGUGAUGGUGAGGAUGACUGUGGCGACAACUCCGAUGAAGUUGCUGAAAUGUGUGUGAAGUUCCCCUGCCCUCCAACGAGGCCGUACAGAUGCAGAAACAACAGGGUUUGUCUGCGGCCCGAGCAGAUCUGCAACGAGGUCGACGACUGCGGCGAUAACUCGGAUGAAGACCACUGCGAUAAAAUCACGUACAAAGCCAGGCCGUGUAAAAAGGAUGAGUUUGCCUGCAGUGACAAGAAAUGCAUUCCCAUGGAGCUGCAGUGUGACUGGUUCGAUGACUGUGGGGAUGGCUCAGAUGAGCAGGACUGCAAAAUAAGUGUCGCUGAAUAUACGUGUGAAGAUAAUGUGAAUCCUUGUGGAGAUGAUGCAUUCUGUAAUCAAACAAAAUCCUCCCUUUUGUGUCAGUGUAAACCUGGAUUUCAGAGAAACAGGAGGAAUAGACAGUGUGAAGAUAUCAAUGAGUGCAUUGUAUUUGGUACCUGCUCCCAACACUGCCAUAAUUUAAAGGGCUCUUACAGCUGUGCCUGUGAGAAAAAUUAUAAGGAGAGGAAUAACAGUUGCAUAGCAAAAGGCUCUGAAGAUCAAGUUCUCUAUGUUGCUAAUGACACUGACAUCCUGGGUUUUGCAUAUCCAUUCAACUACAGUGAUGCUCAUCAGCAAAUAUCACAUAUUGAACACAAUUCAAGGAUAACUGGAAUGGAUGCCUAUUUUCAAGGGGAUAUGAUUGUUUGGAGCACUCAGUUUAAUCCUGGAGGGAUUUUUUACAGAAAACUUCACGACAGAGAGAGAAGGCAGAGUAACAGUGGCUUGAUAUGUCCAGAGUUCAAAAGGCCCAGGGGCAUUGCUGUGGACUGGGUGGCUGGGAACGUUUACUGGACCGAUCACUCACGGAUGCACUGGUUCAGCUACUACACAACGCACUGGACCAGCCUGAGGUACUCCAUCAACGUGGGGCAGCUGAGGGGCCCCAACUGCACCAGGCUCCUCACCAGCAUUGCAGGAGAGCCAUAUGCAAUUGCUGUGAACCCUAAAAAGGGGAUGAUGUACUGGACAGUGAUUGGGGAUCGGUCUCACAUCGAGGAGUCAUCCAUGGAUGGUACUCUGAGAAGGAUUCUGGUUCAAAAGAACCUGCAAAGACCUACAGGUCUCGUAGUUGAUCAGUUCAGCCAGCGCCUGUUCUGGGCUGAUUUUGAGUUGUCUGUGAUUGGCAGUGUUCUUUUUGAUGGGUCUGACUCAGUUGUGUCUGUGAGCACUAAACAAGGUUUACUGCAUCCACAUAGAAUUGACAUUUUUGAGGAUUACAUUUAUGGAGCAGGCCCUAAGAAUGGUGCAUUCAGAGUGCACAAAUUUGGCAAGAGCCUUGUAGAGUAUCUGAGUGUGGAUGUUGAUAAAGCAAAAAGUGCCUUGAUUUUUCACCGCUACAAACAAAUGGACUUGCCUAAUCCCUGCUUGGACCUGACGUGUGAAUUCAUUUGUUUACUCAACCCUUCUGGUGCAACAUGUGCUUGUCCAGAGGGAAAGUCAUUGAUGAAUGGAACAUGCAUCGAUCAGAGCCUCCUAGAUGACAGCUGUAAAUUGACCUGUGAGAACGGAGGGAAGUGCAUCAUAAAUGAGAAGGGGGAUCCUCGGUGCCACUGCUGGCCAAGCUACUCUGGUGAAAGGUGUGAAACCAACCACUGCCACAACUACUGCCAGAACGGAGGCACCUGUGGGGCCUCUCUCCUUGGCCGGCCGACGUGCAGCUGCGCCCUGGGCUUCACGGGGCCGCGCUGCAACCAGACCGUGUGCGAGCGCUUCUGCCAAAACGGGGGCACGUGCAGCGUCAGCGCCGGCAACCAGCCCGUGUGCGCCUGCCUGCCCGAGUACACCGGGGACAGGUGCCAGUACUACGUGUGCCACCACUACUGCGUGAACUCGGAGUCGUGCACGCUCUCGGCGGACGGCAGCGUGCAGUGCGUGUGCCCGCCGCGCUUCGAGGGCCCCAAGUGUGAGCUGGACAAGUGCAGCCGCUGCCACGGGGGGCACUGCGUGGUCAGCAAGGACAGCAGCGACGUGGUGUGCAAUUGCACUAAUGGAAAGAUUGCCUCUACCUGUCAGCUGUGUGAUGGCUACUGCUACAAUGGUGGCACCUGUCAGCUGGACCCAGAGACAAAUGUACCUGUCUGUCUAUGUUCAGCCAACUGGUCAGGCACGCAGUGUGAGAGGCCAGCCCCCAAAAGCAGCAAGUCUGACAACAUCAGUACCAGAAGCAUAGCAAUCAUUGUUCCUCUUGUUCUGCUGGUGACUUUGAUCACUACUCUUGUAAUUGGACUAUUUCUUUGCAAAAGGAAACGAAGGACAAAAACUAUCAGAAGACAACCCAUGAUAAAUGGAGGAAUCAAUGUGGAAAUUGGCAAUCCAUCAUAUAACAUGUAUGAGGUGGGCCAUGACCACAGUGAAGGUGGUCUUUUAGCCUCAGAUUUUACUCUAAAUGCAGAAAAGCCAACAAAUUACGCCAAUCCAGUAUAUGCAAAGUUAUACGUGGAUGGACAAAACUGUCGAAACUCCUUAGCAAGUGUUGAUGAAAGAAGAGAACUUCUUCCAAAGAAAAUAGAUAUUGGGAUAAGGGAGACUGUGGCAUAAUCUGCUGUUACCUUUUAUACUCUGUAUAAAUGUAUAAAAUAUAAGGAUUACUUUUCUAUGUACCAACAGUAUUAUAAUUGUUUUGGCAUCAGCAUUACCUCUGUUUUUUGUUUUGUUGAUUGUUUUCUGAGUUUUUCUUUUGCUGAUGACUUUUGACUGACCAUUUGUAAGGUAUUUUUAUGAAAAAGAAACUGCACUACGGUACAAUUUACAACAAUGCUGCUGAAAUAACACACCUUUAAAUUUGUUAAAAUGGCAAACAACAUAUUCGUUUGUAGCGUGAAAAUGAGCAAUCUAUUUUCUAUGAACUUUUUUGGUUCUACUUAAUCGAUGAAGAUGGUAUCUGCACUUUUUCAUUAUGUAGUCUGGAAGCUGUAGUACAGUGUGUAAUUUUGUUUAUUUUAAAUGGUGAAAGAAUGAUUGAAUGGUCUACUCUCUUCUUUGUGCCCAUUAGAACUUCUCUUCAGAUCCUGAUGAAGCUAGAUUAACUUUUCACAAACAGACAUAACUUGCUUUUAAAUUAGCUUUAGGUUGCCAAGAAGUAAGCAAGACUAUAGAAGCGAAACAUCUAAUGAUCUGCAUGAACACAAUGAUUAUGUUUCAGAAAUUCAGUGACUGUACAUGAUAUACUAAACAUAUAUACCAUGUAAACAAGCUUUGUAUUUAUUAAAACCUUAUAGAACAUAGUAACGCUAUAUCUUGGAAGCUGAAACCUUACUUGCUGUGGGACAAAGCAUACCAACUCCAGCAGUCCUGUAGGACAGUAGCCACCCUAGAGCACAAGAGGGCAUUGCCUACACAUGCUGUACAUGUUAAUUCACCUAAUCACAGGCAGUUCUGAUGGAUUAAUGACUCCCCAACACACACCCAGCAGUAGGGAAAAAGCCAGACCCCAAACCUUAAGCACACUCAGAUGAUCACAGCAUUCGGGUUUGACUAUCACAAAAAAACCCCUCACACCUUUUUAGUGACAAUAAAGGAUUCAAAAGACAGCAGUUUCUUUAAAUUAAGAUAAACUGUGGUGGAGGUAAAAGGAACCAAGCUGCAUAUUAGUGAGAGCUUAGCAAAGCCCAAGUUUCUGUAGUCCGGGUUCAAUAUCAAAGUCCAAGUAUCAAGAGUGAAAAGCAUCAGUAUCAGUUUCCAGCACUUCUCUGUCCUGGCCUGUUUUCUGUUGUUGCUAAGAGGCAAAAUCCGACUCACCUUUUUUAAUUUUGAUGGAAAUAAAGGAUACUAUUACUUUCAGGUUUGAACUGAAUCAAAAUAUUUUAUACAUAACUUUAAAGGCACAAAAGACGUGUUCACACACAUCCUGUGGAGGACUCUUCCUUCCUCUGCUAGACAUGACUGACUUUUAGCUAUCAUAAUAUAUUAACCUAACAGAUUAAAUAUGUUUGUGGUUGCUCUUUAUUCCCUUUGUACAAGCAUUACAAAAAUAACUGCUGUUUUAUAAGAGAUUUUUGUUGUACUAUUGUGCAUGCAUACUACCUAUUUCUAAACUUUGCCAUAUUGGGGCCUUUAUAAAACUCUUGAUUUAUGUAAUACUAGUGCAAUUUUGCUUGAACAAUGUUAUGCAUAUCAUAAACUUUUUCAGGUUCUUGUUUAAGUACAUUUUUUUAAAUUGAACAGUAUUUUUCAUUUUGGUUAUAAUAGCCAUUUUGCCUAUGUUUCUACAAUGAAGUGUUAAAUACUUUAUAAAAAAAAAUUGUUGACUGAUUUAUUUAAAUGAAAAUCUACAUACUUAAUUCAGUGUGUUGACUAAUUUUUAAAUUUAACUUACAAAAUGAAAGCCAGAGAAAGGUCAAAUUGAAGCGAAAGAACAUUACUUUGUACAAAUGGCUAAAUCCCUUUUCUUAAUGAAAUUUUUUUGCUUUUUAUACAAAUUCUAUUUGAAUGUUUUUGCAGCCCUGCACGUGUUUGGAUGACUUAGGUGUAUAGCUGUAUAUUAAUGUCAAUAGAAUUUCAAAGCUAUUAUUUUUUCUAUAAAAAUACUGUAUUAAAUAGUUUCCUACCACACAGCUACGAUUCCACAGGUUCUGCCUUUGUUCUGCUGACAUCAUCAGAGAUGGAUUAGAGAUGGAUUAGGCCAUCUUUUUUUUCUUUUUUUUUUCUUUUUUUUUCUUUUUUUUUCACAAUUACAGUUGUUAUGAGGUGUAAGUAGUUGGCUAUUUCAGAAACUUUACCAUCCAUUUUCUGGCAGACAAUCUCCUAUCUUCAAAACUCAGGUUGAUCUAAAUUUUAUCUGCUGGCUGUAGAAGUAACGUGAAUUUUAAAAUGAAUUCUGACUCAGGCCUGAGGAAUUUUACUUAUUGUGAUGUCUCAGUUUCCCUUCACGGAGGCAUUUUAUUUACUUUACACUUGCUUGAGAGUGAAUUACUUUGUAAAUAAUAAAUUUAUUUCCUUAUAAAUGAACAGUUGAUGUUAGUGGAGCUAUUAACUAUUCAGUGUAGAUCAGGAUGAGGUCAUAAAUAUGUAGGCUGAAUUUGGAUGGUGAUACUGAACUCUACCAUUGCCAUACUUUAAAAUCUUUGAAUUGCACAUAGGUGGAAUAAUCCACAAUGGGGUUUUGUUUUGUUUUUUUUUUUUUACUUUACCAAGGCUCUCCACAGGAACCUUUUCCACAACCCCCAGGUUCUGUAGGAGGGCAGAACACACAAGGAGCUGAAGGGUGAAAGAUUGAGGACCUAAUCAAUUUCUUACAUGUGCAUCCUCAUAAGUUCAGUAAAAUGUUUUUGUAAAAAACAUUUUUUUACAAAGUUCAGUAAAAUUCUAUAAAAUUUUACAAGGGACAAGAAAAAAUAUUUAACUUUUUACAUUCCCGCAGCCUUUUUGCUGUUAUUAAGGGCACAGAUUGAUGUGUGUUUUAAGUUGACACAAGCUUAGAAGUAAAAAAAAAUUGGCUGCAUCCCAGAUAGAAGCAUGUGUCUCUUCAGAGGGUACUUGCAAGGCCUUUCCUGGUUGCUUUUCCUGUGAAAGCCUUCAGUGAACAUUCAAGUGAAAUUCCAGUUCUCAACUAUUCCACAGAAUUCACCAGGGUAAAAUUUUUCUCCCACAGUACUAAUGAUUUUGCU